GAUUAUAAAAGAUUAAUUAUAAAAUUUAAAUCACAAACCUACUCUAUAUCAUUUGCCAUACCUACAUAGCCGUUAGGGUUCGUUCAUAUAAUCAGCAUCUCAAAGAAGGUCAAUUCACUCACCUUCUCACUCUAGCAGCUUCUCCUGCGACUAUUUCUUCUCCAAAGUUCAGGCCUUUAAGGUUUUCAUUUGCUGUUCGAUACGGUUGUGUUAAGUAUGGAACACACAGAUCAUGAAAGUAGAGAACAUGGUAAUAUGGAUAUGAAAGAUCAUAACAUCCUGUUUCCUAUAUCAUCACAAAAGAGUGGAAUGGCUAAGGGCGAACAUCUAGGGACAAGUUUUGCAUCUUCAACACCAGAGAAAAUGACCGAGUUGUCUCGCGUUAACCACAGAAAGGACGUUUCUGAACUUCCUGAGAAUUUCAGGGUCUUGUUGAAUUUAUUUGAUCGCAUGGUGUGUUCCCUGAGAUUGCUUAGUCUGCGUAAAAAGCCAACUACUUUUAAACACAUUUCCACUCAAGUAGAAGUCCAAACUGGAAGAAAGUUUCUCUAUGGGGACCUUGCAAAAAUAAUUUACAUACUUCCUGAAGUGGUUCAUAUUGAUAAAGUACGCAUGCAUGACGAGAAGACAUGUUGCAUGAAGCCUGAUCUCAAAGUUACACUGCAUGCUGAUGCUUUGGAAGACGACCGUGAACAAUCAGUAUUUAUCCAUGUCAGCAAUGUUUUCCGGGCGAAGCUCAUUGACUUAUUUGUUAAACACCCUGAGGUGAGUGACAUUCCGGAAGCUAUACUUCCUGAGCCAUUAAUGGGAAGCGUUCUCACAGUGCAACCAGAUUCAGGCUCCUUGCCAGUCUCUGCUGUGUUACCCCCACAUGAAACAACAAAGCUAUUGGAGUCAUCCCAUCUUGCCCCGUCUUUCAGUUCACACUUCUCUGUCAAGGCUGCUGUUCCGGAAGAAAAGAAAACCCAACUUUUAGUCUCUUCCGCCUGUUCAGUUAUUGAUGGUGAUGAUGAGUCGUCUAACAAAACUGGAAGUGAACUUUUAGUUUCUCCCAAAAGCCGUACACUCAAAGACUCUGUCCAAGAACCACCUCCUGCUGGUAGCUCCAAAGUGUGUGAAGUCACUCCUAUGAAGCUUACUUCAGAAAGUCUCAGUAAUAGUGUAUCGCUUGAAACACCCGUGCAGUCUACACCAAGGAGAUCGGUAUCUGCUGCUACUGGGGAUGAGAAGCUCAAGAAAGUGAUCACCAAAAGUGCUUUGGCGGGGUCCAAUCUUACUGCGAAAAGAUCACUCAUGGGUGAUUUAGAAUGGGGUGAAACCACAAAAUCUAUCUUCCCUGAAAAAGAAGAAAUCAAGGGUACCGUUCCUAGUGGCAAUGUCACAGCCAGAGUACAUCCUUCUUCUGAGGUUGAGGAAAGUGUUCUCCUUUCUGGCAAGGACGAGAGAUGCCUGCCUCUGCACCAGCAAAGAUACAUUGGUUUGCCCAAACUUGCGCGCUUGAUCCACAACAUUUUCAAACGACAACAGUGACGUCGAAACACAGCUAGCUCUUCUUGAGAAACUUGUUCCAGAUUGGAUUUGCAAGAAGAAUGAGCCAAGUGGAGGCCUUUUGUACAGUCUAAAGGGUGUCUCGGACUUGGAUUCGG